AUGGCGACCACGGAGCAACCCGGCCUGGGAGAGCCUCAGUUUGCCUCCCACGCAUCAGCAGAGCCCGUCAGCCAGGGCCUGCUAGGUCGGACAGAUGUGGUCGAUUUACGAGACGAGCGCGACAAAGACGAGGAUGAAGACCAGCUCGAGCUCUCCCCCGUCACCACGGCAUCGACAAAGUAUGGCCCGAAGAAGCGAAAUCUCUGUGGGGUUGUCGUGCAGACGCCGAACUCGUCACGGUACGCCAACUACUGGCACAGUCGAUUCAUUCAAAAGUACCCGUUCUUGGUCGAGAUGUUCUAUUGGGCCGUCAACCUCCUCCUCUACGUCUCUAUAAAAUCCGGCAGCGAGUACAUCUUCGCCACGGAUGGUGUCUGGAAAACUGCGGAAAACCACGGCAUCGCUGUACUCGAUCUAGAGCAGAGGGGCAUUUUCCGCUUCCUGAUUCCCAUGCGCGAGAUCGACGUCCAACACUUCUUCAGGGCCGGUCACCAAGGUGCUUUGACCGUUCUAAACCGAGCAUACUCUCUGAUUCAUAUCCCGGUUACGGUUAGUUUCCUUGGUUGGUACUACUACGCCGCGCCGUCUCACGCCCAAUUCGCAUCUGUUCGCCGCAUGAUGAGCCUCACGAAUUUUUUCAGCUUCGUAACUUUCAUGACGUACCCAUGUAUGCCGCCCCGUCUGCUGCCAGAGAAGUAUGGAUUUUUCGACACGGUUCGUCGUGAGGAUGCCGAGUCCAUCUGGGCCACGGGCAAAUUUUUUAACCAGCUUGCCGCGUUUCCAUCGCUGCAUUUCGGUUACUCCUUCUGCAUUGGCACGGUUUUGCUAUACCAUUCAGGCAUCCUCCGCAACUGCCUGGCCCCACGGGAGAAACGCCAGUUCAGGCCACGCCAGAUUCUCCUCGCCCUCCUGAGCGUGGUGUAUCCCGGCUUCGUCCUGCUCAUCAUCAUAGCCACAGCUAAUCACUACUGGCUCGAUGCAAUGGCGGCGACGGGUGUUGUAGCUAUGUCUUGGCUGUGCAAUCGCGUCUUCCUGAUGUUUCUGCCAUUGGAGGAUAUCUUCCUCUGGUGCGUCAAGUUGGAAAAGCCUAUUCCCACUACGGGUUACAAAGGCAAUGCAUUCUGA